GCUGUCUAGGCAUGUUCCAAGAGAAAAAAAGUUUACUUAAAAUUUUGUCUGGCACUCUGAGUCUUAGAGAGAAGUUUACUCCCACUAUGGGGAAAAAAAGGCCCUUCCGGCCUUCUGCUGCCAGCUACCACGAUUAGAAACAACAUUUCUGUGGAAAAAUAUCAGUGAAAACGUUGUGAAAGGGAGAGAGGGAGAAAAAAACACAGAGGGGCAGGCUGACAAUUGAGCAGAACAGCCUCUUCCUGACAUCCCCGUUCACACAAAUACAGGAAGUUGUGCAAACCGAGAGAGCACUGCACAGACUUUCCUGCACUCAACUUGAGUUUUUUUUUUUCCAUGGCCUGUUCCCAACUACCACACCAAGAAGCGUGUUCACAGAGGCCCAUCUGAACUACUGCUGCACAGCGGGGGACAGAGAUCAAGAGGUAUCCUAUGAGAAGAGAAUGGUGCCGGAGGUGAACAUCACCUGAUAACGGGGGCUUGAGGUUUGAUGGACUAAGAAGACUUGCAGCGCUUCGAGUCCCUUCUGAAGUGCAGUGAUGAUUAAAGCAUCUGCACUCACACAGGAAACUGGAAUCUCUCCAGGGAAUGUGCUCCCAAGUGGACCAAAUGCCAGUGAGAUGCAACCCAGGACCACACUGGAAACCAACAGCAGGAGCAACCACAGCGAGCCCACUUCUCCUGUUAAGAAUCAGCUAGUCCUGCCUAGCAUCAGCAUUCUGGAGAAACUAAUCAAGACUUGUCCAGUUUGGCUCCAGCUGGGCAUUAGCCCAGAACGAGCUUCUGAAAUCCUGCAGAGGGAACCUCCAGGGAUAUUCCUGGUGAAGAAGAAUGCAAAUCUAAAAAAAAUGGUUCUUUCGGUUCGCUUCUCUGACAAGGAUGGAAAGCCACGCAUACAAGACAUCGUGAUCAAAGAGGAAAAAAGCUUGCUCUACCUUGAGGGCUCAGUGCUGGUCUUUGACGAUAUCUUCAAACUCAUCGCUUUCUACUGUGUCAGCAGAGAUGUGCUUCCUUUUACUUUAAAGUUGCCCCAGGUUAUAAUUGAGGCAACAAAAUAUGAAGACAUGGAGACAAUUUCAAACCUGGGUUCAGAUUUCUGGGGCUCUUCUAUGAACCGGAGAACAGAUACUUUGAGGGAUCGAAGUUUGAACACCAGUGCCGGAGGUUUGAGAACAGGCCAGCAUUUUCAGACCGAUGCAAGUCACUGCUCAUGUGAGAUUGAGCUGUCAAUAGGAAAUGACAGGCUGUGGUAUGUCAAUCCUAUUUUUAUCGAAGAGUAUUGCAACAGCCUGCCUUCAGCAGCUCCUCCCAUAACCAGAAGCCAGAGUUUGAACACUCCAAACACAGUGCAGCCAAGGUACAAGAGACCUCCUCCCAUCCCACCUCGGCCUCAAGCAACAGAGGAGUUCUUGGGUGGUACAAAGGAAGCAAAGGACAAAGUCAAGCCAAAUGAGGAAUCCAGCAGUAGCCUUGUCCUCACAGCUCAGAAACCAGAAUGUAGCGCAGAGCAAUCUAAACUCCAGAAGCAUGCUCGGAUCCCUCCAGUGCCCCCCAGGAGAAGACUGUCUGAAAAGCUCUCUGAAGAGCCUCUGAUAAAAGAAGAAGUGAUAUCCUUGGAGAAGAAAGAUGUUGACUCAGUGCCUGUCGCUACACUGAUCUGCAUUGAAGAUACCCAAAUGGCGGACGCUCAGUCAGAGAAAGCCCUGGUAGUAACAAAACCAGCACAGAAUGAUUCUAAAACUUCAUCACUGGGAACUGUCAAACCCCCUGUGUCAGUGAAAAAGAUGCCUCCAAUUCCCCCUCCAAGGAAGAAGAGACCUUCUCAAGUGACACUUAAUACUGAACUUGGGAAAGUAAAUGAACUCACUUCAGAGGGUUCAAAUUCAUCAGCACCUAAUGCCACAGCUGGGAAUGAACCAGGAUUUUCACCUCAGACCUCCAGCACGCCAAACACAGUACGAAAGUCUCUGAAUUCUAUGGACCUCAAAAGUCCUGAUGUCUCUCUGUUCUCGCCUGAAGGAAACCCCACAAUUCUUGACCAUGACUCAUAUUCCACCAGCAGCACAGAGGAGGAGAUGGAAUCCCACAGUCAAAGCAAUAUAAAGCGGAACCCCACCAUCAUGUUAGACAAAGCCAAGCAGCGGUUGUCCAUGGUCAACAUCUCCCACAUGUUCACAAGCUUUCUGAGUGCCGACAGAAAGCUACAGAAGAAGAUAGUAGAGCUGGCUAGAGACAAGGACACAUACUUUGGGAACUUAGUGUCGGACUACAAAACCUUCACCCUGGAGACUAUGAAGAAACACUCUUCUAGUACAGAAAUGCUCCAGGAGAUCCGCCAGAUGAUGACACAGCUCAAGAGCUACUUGAUACAAAGUGCAGAGCUUCAGGGACUUGUGGAAACUGCUGUAUAUACAGAUGAAAAACUAGAAGCAAUUAUAGAGGCAGCUCUGUGCAAGAGCGUUCUGAAACCAAUAAGGGAAGCAAUCUACAAUGGGCUGAAGGACAUCCAUACCAAGGACUUAUCUCUGAAAAGACUGAAAGACAACCAGCAAGUUGUGUUGAACACCACCACUACUGACAUGGGGGUGACCACCAGCGUGCCUGAGACCCCUGUGAUGGAGAAGAUCCACCUCAAGUUUACAAACCUACACAAAGAAUAUUCCCCUGAAAAGAAGAUUGCCAUCCUGCUCAAGACCUGCAAGAUCAUCUAUGACUCCAUGUCAGUGGGCUGUCCAGGGAAGCACCAUGGUGCAGAUGACUUCCUCCCAGUGUUGAUGUAUGUGUUAGUGAGGAGCAAUAUAAGUGCGAUGCUGCUUGAUGUGGAGUACAUGAUGGAGCUCAUGGACCCUGCUUUGCAACUUGGAGAAGGGUCUUAUUACUUAACCACAACCUAUGGCGCCCUAGAGCACAUUAAGAACUAUGACAAAGUAUCAAUUACAAGGCAGCUGAGUCUUGAGAUACAAGAUUCUAUUCACCGCUGGGAAAGACGUCGGACUCUCAACAGGGCCAGGGUGUCCAGGACUUCAGUACAGGAUUUCAUCAAUGUCUCAUUCCUGGAUGCAGGCUGCAAUACAAAGACUCUGGGGGCUAGACCCACCACCACAGCCCAGGACUUGUGUAAUCAAUGUGCAGAGAAGUUUGAAGUCCUGGAACCUGAGUGUUACCAGCUGUUUGUUCUUGUAGACGGGAUAUACCAGCAGCUGUCCCCUGAUGCGCUGCCCCUCACUAUCAAAGCCAGCUUCCACGAACCCAGUGAACCCAAGAAGGAAUAUUAUUUUGUGUACAAGCCUAUGACCUCCGAACAAGAAGCUGCCAAACCUCCACCAACUGAGACGGAGAGCCUGAUUUGAAUGACAAACUGUCAUGUUCACAAAUAAGGACAUCUUAGUACUGAGGGACGCGCCAGUACACUGUGAGUGACAGAAUGGCCUUGAUUCUUUAGAACAGUCCUUCCCUUCAUGAAUUUCCCUUCUUCAAAAGGAUUGAUUUUUGUAAGAACUUGACUUAUGAGCUAUGAACAUGUGAACUUGAACCCUAGGAUAAAACUGCCAUCUCACAUUCAGAGCCUCAGAUACACACAGCCCAAACAGACUGAAUAAAACAUGUUGAAAUAUCCCCUUGGGACUUUGAAUACCCAUAUCUUGGAGGAAAUCAACACUUGACACUUUCAUCUUAAAUUUGGAACUGUGCCAGAUCCCCCUUCGAUUGGUAGCGUGUUAUAGAGGAUCUACACAUAAAACCCCCUUUAACAGGAAUUAGGUGGAGAUCAGACCAACCCUGAUGUAAUUAAAACUAAUUAAAACCUCGAUCCAGUCGGUCCCACUUGGGCAGUCCUGCUCUUACAGACUUUGUUAUUAGAGCUGCGGGCCAAGAUGGCACCAACCAAGGGUGCUGCUUGAUGUCACCCCUUUCCAUGUUUUUGCUAACCAUUUACUAAGAGCUAGUGAUCUUUUAAGGUGUGUUUUUGUUUCUAAUCAAACUAUAUAAUCUGGAACCUUCCAUUAAUAACAAAUAAUUUCACCAUGAAAUCAAGUUUCUCACAUCUGUAAGACUGCAAGGAUCUUCUCAACCUCUGUCUACGCUCUGAGUUCUUAAAUAGCGAAUUGGCUCUCAAACAGGUGAAGCCAAUCUCCUAAUAAACUAGGAGCCAGGUAACUCCAGUUCAUUCCAGUUCUGGAGUGUCUCUAUGCUGCCCCCCAGAUGUGGCUGUUCUGUUACAGGAACUUCAAAAUUACAGCCUGGAAAGCAGAUUUUGUACAACUAUCACUAUAUAACAAGCAGUAAUAUACUGUAAUAAGCAGUAAUAUAUAGCAAUAAUAUAAUGAUAUAGAUAACAGUAUUUCAAAUGUGUUGGAAGAUGUAAUUUUUAAUGGUUGUACCAGAUUAGGCUAGGAGUAGCCACAGUUUAAUCACUUCUCCAGUGCAGUCUAACCUUGCUUUUAUAUAGCUGUCCAGAUUUCCCUUGUCCUCCCUUCUCAGAAAUGCAUGUUUGUUCAUAAAGUUCAUACUACAAGCUGACAUGCAGAGUUUUGAUUUAAGUCCUUCUUAUUUUGUUUGUGUUUGCACUAAACAGAUGCCUUCAAUGUCUCCAAACAGCAGCAUAAAACAUAUUCAAAAACUGGAACGCUGUCAUUGUACUAAAAGUGCUUUUAAAUGUCCUCAAGUCAGAAAACAGACUAUAUCUGACAAUUACAAUGAUCAUUUUUCAGUUAUAAUGAUUGUUUAUUAUUUUUUUACAGUACAGUGGAAAAUUGCAUGUUAACUAUUAUCUAAAACUGUAUUUUGGAGAGGGUACAAAUUUCUAUAGUAACAUUCUAUUAUACAUCACUAUUGUUUUCAUCUAUAAGUAUUUGUAUACUUUGUAUGCUUGUGCCAAAUUUAAAGUGUGCAUUACUACAACAGAUAUUUUACAAAAUGUAAUAUAUGUUGGUAUUAGAAAUGGUGAGUGAGUUUCAGCACACAUGCAUUAAAGACACUGACUAAAUGCAAGAGAAUUGCUAUAUUUAAACAGUUUUCUGAAAUGGGAAUUUCCUGCUUUCAUGCAUUGUAGAGUGUGGAGUUUUAACAGCAUCUUCACAGCAGAGACAUAUGUGUAAAGUAUGCAUGCUGGGUUUUCUAACUGGGUUUAUCUGCUCUUAACUCAGGUCUGGGAAAACAUCUUCAUCUUACAAUUUUCAUUCCAACUCACCUCUUAUUUACUUAGGCUAACUUCAACCUUAUAACAAUGUCUUGGUCUUCUCCCAUCCAAGUGUCUGUGUUGUAAGAAAUUCUACUAAGGCAGAACAAAGAUUAUUGAAGGAAUGCUGAUGCAGUGUCAGUAUCACUUGUGACCAAGCUGUACAAAAUAAAUGACCAGCUAAGUGGAGUUCUCACUGUUAUAUUUCUUGGUAACAAUAAACUGACAAAAAUAACA